AUGACGCUUCUCUUGACCGGGGUCACAGGUGUCGCUGGUCUCGCGACUUACCGUGCAGCUGUAGUCGACCCCGCCAUUACCCAUGUAACGGUUCUCCCCCGUCGACCGAUCCCCUCAUGGGCGAUCCUCUCGCCUAACACCUCCACCAACACCACCACCAUCAUCCACAACGACUUCUUGCCUUACCCUCCCGACCUCGCCAAGCAACUCGCGCAAAACAAUGAGUGUGUAUGGGCGCUGGGGAGGAGUGUUGCGGGCAUGAAUGAGACGGACUACACGGAGAUGACGUACGGGUACCUGCUGAAUGUGGCGACUGCACUAAACGAUGCCGGCGUGGGGGAGAAUAGGGGCGAAGGCGAACCGUGCAAGUUCGUCUCAUCAGCGCGGAGCAUGCGAAUCCCACCGGGACGAGUUCGUAGAUGUGGGCAAGAGUCAAGGUAUGUUCUUCCGCGCUUUCUUUCUCGGUCUAUCCUAAGCAUGAAAGCACGUGUAGUCCGCUCAACAUACUUCUCCCCGCCGAAGGAGUACCCUGAGGACCGGAAGAACCAGCGUCCAGCCUGGUUCCGCGCAAUCGACAUCGUCAUGACGCCGCUGUUGAAGAAUCUCAUACCGUCCAUAUAUACGCCCACGGAAGAGCUAGGCAAGUUACUGUCAAGCCUACGAAGGGACGAUGACCUGAGAAAGACCUGUUCGGAAGGACCUGAUGGAAGACGCGUAAACGUAACAUUUCGCACUGUAUGCGCGUAUGGUCAUAGUGGGUAG